GGAAAUGAGGAGUAGAAGAAGAAUCCAACGUAGGGAAGGAGCUCCAGCCCCGUCGCAGCGUCGGAUAAUUAGCUAAUAGUAAAAACACUGAUACAUGACUGACAGUUCGCCUCUAUUUUCAACGUUACGAAACGGUGUAAGUUGUCAAUAAUGUGUAGUGGUCCGUUAUUUACACUUUGAAGGCUCUCUCGCAGCGCUGAUAAUGCUGAAAAUGAAGCUACCGAUGAAAACGGGCGAGGAAGGAGGCGACGAAACGGCCGAGGACGAUUCAUUGGAUCAGUCGGAACAUAUUCCCAGGACCGUGCCUCCCUCCUCGGUGUCGGACCGAGUGGACGAGUCUCCGGGACCGUAUGUGCACCCAUCCCAGCUGGACAAGGAGACUGUUUUCGAGUGGUUCGGCCUACAUCUAAACCCCGCUAAGCGGAUCGAGUUCAUGUGCGGGCUGCUACAUAUGUGCCAACCCCUGGAGCUCCGCUUUUUGGGAUCUUACUUGGAGGAUCUCGCUCGAAAAGAUUACCAUGUUUUACGGGACUUCGAGUUUCGGGCAAAUAGUCCGAGCGAUUUGGGAAUUUUAACGGAUGUGAUCGACCCAGUGGUUAUGUCCAAACUCCUGGUCUGCCUGUCCCUCCUCGGGUCUGACAGCAGGGAAUGUGCUGGAAUACUCUUUCGGAUACUGAGCCAUGUAGACCCGGCCUUGUUCUACAAGAAUUACGAGUACUCGCUUCCUCCAUUCAGGGACACUCACCACCACCCGUCCCAUCCACCGUGUCAGGACGGGAAUGUGUACGGGCGGUCAGAGCAGACCUGCGGCUUCUCCUCUAACGACGCAGCGGCAGGACCUCUGGAACAGUUGGCGCUGCUUUUCACCAUGGCCUCUCUACACCCAGCUUUCCAUUUCCACCAACGGGAGAAAGUCCGAGGGCAGCUUGACAAAAUCGAGCUUGCCGUAGAGGAGGAGAGACGUCAAAGACGGCUAAGAAUAAACGCCCAGACGACGGAGCUAGUGGGUCAGAAGGCGGAUUACCUGCCUUCCACAGCAGGUUUUGGGGAAUUUGCGGCCUCCCAUCCUCCGUGCCAGAGCCGUCGCUCCAGCCGCUGGGCAACACAAAGAGAAGCAGUGCAUAUAGAAGGAAUUGUGCUCAGGGGCAUCUCUCGGACCAGAAUAGACAAGGAGUACAACUUUGAGGUGAAGUGGUCGGACUCUUCUUCUAGCAGUGUGACCAAAACCCAUCUGGAACUAGAGAAUUUCCUUCUUAAGCUUCCUAAGGAUCAGUGUACCGAGUCUUUUGAGAAGAGCAUCCUGAGGCUUCUGAACCAGGGGGACCACAGUGAGAGCAGGGAUGUGGAGAAGAACCUCAGGGAAAGGUUCCUGUCUGCCCCUCCAAUCUUCAGACAGACCAGAAAGGUCUGCAGCUUCUUCAAUUGUGACUCCAGCUACUCAACAAAACCUACUUGCUGCAGAUGCAACUGCCAACUGGGUAAAGCCUACCAGGGAGACUGCUCUGACGCCUCCAGUCAGGAGGAAGAUGUAGAGUCAUAUGUUCAGGGACACAAGAAAAAGCACGGGACCAAGAGUCCAUGUCAAGGGCUGUCUAGUGCCAAGGGCUCCCAGGGUGAUAGUCGGAGAGGUGGCCAUGCUGCAGAGCUAAAUGGUCCAGCAGAAAGGAGGAAGAGCUGCACACUUAGGAGCAGUCAGGAGGCUGAGCAGCACCCGGACACUGAGAAGAGAAACCACCCAGCCACUAAAACAAAGAGCAGAGGCCUGCCCACAGACAGGGACAAGGGAAAAGGGAGGGCUGCUACCUUUGUAGCCAAUGGGAGGUUGGCACCAGCCCUGUCACCUCAGAGGAAAGACGGAGGUUCUGGUCCAGAUACCUUUGGUGAAACCUCGUCAGAAGGCUACAGCUCUCCAUCGAGCCCCCAACACAGAGGACCAGAGAGCAUGGACAGUGAGGACGACAACAACAAAGAUACAGACAGCCACUCUGAUGAUUCCAGCAAAGGUCGGGGGCCAGAGAUGUUCUUCACCCACCAGACUGAUCCAGCUGCCACAGGGGACGUCUCCUCCAGCCAUCCUUUGUCUUCCAAGAACCACCGGGCCCAGAUGGAGCUGCUCUGCACAGAGACCAGCACAGAUUUCCCCCCACUGUCCCUCUCCACCUUCAUGCAUCCUCUCCCCCCUGUGCUCCCCAACGGGGCCGCUGACUCUUCUCUUCCACUGGCCCCUCCUCCCAGCCAAAGCAUCAUCCCCGAUGUGAAGCCCUCGUCUGGGUCACUGAUGAUGCACAUGCCCCUCGUGCCUUCAGGAAUUGUCGGUGACCCAGAGAAAAGGGAGAUGCUCCCAACGUUUGGGAUUCCACCUCUUGGCCUCCACCCUUCAGGAAGCCCUGCCGUGCAGCCCAUGGUUCAAAGGUUCAAAACAGCCUUGCCUCACAGCCAAGGUGGCGGUGAUGGAGCUCCGGGAAGUGGUUCUACUCCUGCUGCCCCACAGGCUCCACACCAGGUUCCUGUCAGAGCCAUCAGUGUCAUGUCUCCCGGUCCUACAUCAUUCUCUGCUCCACCUCUGCCCUGCCAAGACCCGGCUGGUGUCAGCUCAGUCCUGGCCUCGUCUCUGCCACAUGUGGAGACUCCACAUGCCAAGCACCCCGGAUUAAACUUGCCGUCUGGCCUGCCUUCUCCCUACACUCUGCCCCCUGUCCCCACCUCUGUCAUGCCUACUGUAGGAGCCCCUGCAGCCACUGGAAUAGCACCAUCUCCUGGUCAUGUACAGGCAGCUGUUCCUCCAGCUGUGCCCACCCACACCCCUGGACCUGCUCCCAGCCCCAGCCCAGCGCUUACUCACAGCACCGCACACAGCGACUGCACAUCGUACAGCAACAGCAGUGCUUCUUGUGGAAGUGCCCCUGUGUCCCCUGGCAACCUUCAGCAUACCCAGCAGCAACAGUUGCCCCCCCAGCAGCCAACACCACCGCCACCACCGCAGCAGCCGCAGCAGCAACCCAUCGGCUGUGGGACCUGUGGGUGUCACAACAACUGCGGUGGCCGGGUCAGCGUCAGUAACAACAACAGUGUGAGUGGUGCCUCCGGCUGCCAGGCGCCCUUAUUCUUCCCCGCCCAUCAGAUGGCAGCACGGCAGGUGUUCAGUGUUCCUCAGUCUCUCUUCCAUCUCACAAACCUUUGCAGUAACAGUUACCUCACCCAGGCUCAGCCUCCACACCAGGCCAACGGUGGUGCCACCUUGUCCCCCUUCUUCCCCACCGCUCCACCUCCAGCACACCCGCCCCCCUACGGCCCCCUUCACACUCACUCCCACAGCCAUGCGGACGUGCCAUCACAUAUGCUCAGCAGCCAGGCUGCGGCCGUGGCAGCUGUGGCGGCUGCAAACUACAACCUCCAGCAGCAGAUGGCGCCGGCAGCGUCGUUCUGCCAGCGUGUCUACCAGCACGUGUACCCAAACCCCCUGGGUAUGCUGCCCACUGCUACGCUGGGAGGAGGUGGAAUCAACAAGAAGAACGGCAACGUGUCCUGUUAUAACUGUGGUGUGAGCGGCCACUAUGCUCAGGACUGCAACCAGCCCUCCAUAGACUCCACACAGCAAGGUGGCUUCCGGUUAAAGUACGCCGCCUCCCACAUUUCAGAAGCACUUGACAAUGCUGACUGAAGAGGAAGAAACGAUGAAGAGGAGUUCCGCCGGUCUGGUUUCCACAGUGACGGCCCUCUGUUCUUCCACAGCUCUGUAUGUGAGCAGCGCACUGAAGCUUCAGGAAAAAAAAAAAAAAAGGAGAGAGCGAAAAACAUUGAGAAAAAGAAAGAGCGACCUGCCAAGGGCUCAGUGGAUGAAGCCUAAGUACUUGUGCCUGAGAAAAUCUUGUUACCAUGGAGAUGAUUCACUGUCUGGUGCACAGCAGCAGCCCACGUGACUCCCGAUCCCUUCCCUUUCAGUUUGUUUUUGAUAUUUUUGCACUGAGGGUUGGAAAUGAUUAACUUAUUACUUAAUUAUUAGGAUGUUCAGAGAUUUGGGGGUUUUUUUUUUUUUUGUUAUGUUUUUACAUGAAAGUGGAGACUAGUCUCGAUUGAAGAAAAGGUUCUUAUACACUUAUUUCUAAAAUAGCGUAUUUAUGCUUUUUCCUCAUUGUUCAACUAGGAUUUUAUUGUCAGACAAAACUGUACAGCAGUUUUCAAAGAUUACAGAAGAUUCAAAAAAGUAUUGUAAGCAAAAAAAUGUUUUAGGUUUGUUUUCAUUUUUAAUUUUGUUGUAAGGUUUUUGAAUGUACACCUUGUUUAAGGCAUUGGACUGUAUCACAGUCUGUUGGUCUCGUGCAUCUUUGCCACUUGAUAUACUGUAUGUUUAGUUGGAAGGUAAUUGCUGCUUUGUCUGUUAUUUUCUCCAAUUUUAAAAUUGUUUUACUCAGUGAAAUGCACUAAAGAAAGGAAGGAACACAGGUGCGCUAAAACAGGAGUCGUUUUUCACUCAUUUUCAUUUUCUUUUCAUUAUCAAACUUGAAAAUACACUUGAAAUAAUCACUACCUUCAACAUGUUGAUUGCUUUUACAGUACUUGGGUAUUUCAACUGGAUAUCAGCUUUUAAUGGCUAACAUCACUCAGUCCCAGCUGACUCGUCAAUAAUUCAUUUAAUUGGUCAAGAGCAAAUUGUCAUGACGACCUGCCAGAAUGACAUUAUUUUUAAUUGUCCUCCCUCCCUGAAUUUAGGCUCAAGGCCACAAUUGGGCAGUAAUUCCCACAUGUACACAGAUACUGUAUGGGAUUUAUUCAUGAAGCUGUACUGAACACUCUCAAGACAGGUUUGUUAACCACUACAGGGACGAUUGUUAAGGCCUCUGUUUGCUUCAAACGUACUUAACUUAUCCAAAAUGAUUUGAGUUAACACUACAAGUAGUACAGCGCUCUAGGAUAGAAGGUUAUAUGGUCAGUUGCAGUGGAAUGACUCAGUAAUUAGCAGUAUCUCUCCAAAUGUAGCUACCAUGAGCCGCUUCAUGCUCCUCCAUACCAGACCAAGUGAGGUCUUUCAGUCUGUGAUCAGUUUUGGGGGGAAAAUAAUAUUCAAAUGAUUGUGGACACAACGAGCUCCCUGUUUGAAGCACACCGACGCUUUAAGAACAUAUAGUUUGGUAUUGUUGACUGCUUGUUGGUGAUGGUACACGGUCAAGCUUGUUUUCUUUUUUUCUUUCUAAUGUAAGACAAGUACAGAAAUUUCAGCCGUCGCUGUCAUCAGUGUACAAGUCACAACACUACGAGGGUGCAGCCAGCUUCAAGCUUCACUACUCUGUGGAAUCAUAGAACGACAGCGUGGACAUCAAUCCUCACAUUGUAUAGACUGAGUCAUCAAGACCGCUGUUACUGCACUCUGGUUAGAAUGCGGCAGUGUGUUUGUUCUUAGCUGUGUUUGUGUUGGAUCACCUCUAAAGGUGUAAAUUGAUCACAGCAGGUUCCGUUUGAAGCCUACAAGAAAGCAGAAUGUGUAUUGAAGUUGAAGCACUGGGGAGAGAAAUAACUGACUUGCUACAGUUGAUACCGAGGAAAUAAAUCUGAAAUAUCUGUUGAGGGAUUUUUUUUGUUUUGUUUUUUCCUUGCAGAAAUUGUCUGACAAACUGAACUGAUGUCCCUCUGUGUAACACUUACAAAACAGCAAUUAGCUAAAUGUUCCGAAUGCCUAAACAAGUUCGUCAACAUUCUUUGAGGGCUCAAAGAAGUAUCUUGGGAAAUGAGGCAACGUGUGGGAGUGUGGAGGCCCAAGUGUACAGUAUUAAAUUUUGAAUUGUAGAAGUCAUUAUUGUGAAUUGAUAUGCCAUCAUUAGUUUUGGUUAUAUAGUUAAUGUUUCAUAAUGUCGUGACAGUGAUGUUUGAACUCUCACCUCUCAGCCUAUCACACACAUAAGCUAGCAAACUCCACUGCAUCUAGAUUUAGCCAGUUAACCUCUUAGCUAGAGCAACAACAAACCUUAUUCUGAAUCCACCACCAAGCUGUCACUGCUAAGAAAUGCAGAGCAGACAGAGACUAGAUUGUCCUUCUACACAUAGUUUAACAAGGCUGCACAUGCUACCUUCCUAGCUUAGCUGGUUAACUAGCCAAGUAGAAUUGCGAGCUUGGUUUUCCAUUAAAGCAAUGACACAGUUAAGUUAUGUCAGUAGUGUUUUAAAUGAAAUAUGUUGGACGCAAUUCUACUAGUAGAAAGGCAGUCUUUCUUUGUGGCUGCUCUUGCUAACAGGAGCUAGCUAACAUGGGUUUUACAAGCCAGCUGGGUUGGUAUCAUGAGCAGCCAUGUUGAGCUAAGUUACAUAUUUUCGCUGCUGUUUAUUUGUAGCAGCAGGCCUGUUGUUGAAUCAGAACGACUUUGACAUUGUCUUGCUAAGAGGUGCUAAAUGUGGCAGCAGUUGUCGAGUUUGCUGUUCAAUGAGAGGCUUGAGAUCAGUGGAGAGGCCACUGUCAUGAAAAGUGAAAUUAUGACAAUAACAGAUGAUGAGGAAAUGUUUGGUUUAUGUUUUACACUUUUUUUUCCAUGUGUUUGUCACAAAAUACAUUUUUAAUUUAUUUGAUAUUGGCCACAUCGGGGUUCCAUAUGAGAAAGUGUUCAAGGAGUUAACAGUUAGGAACUGUGAACAGCGGGCCUGUUGAUAGACGUGAGCAUCUGUGGGUGUUUUCUUGUCCCAUCUCCCUCUGAAGAUGACAAAAAUAUGUAACGUUUAUUCGUUUGAAGCCAUCAGAUUUUCUGGCAGCCCGGAGGACGCCAUUUCUCCUCAGUGAGGCUCUCAUUUGUUUUAUGUUAUUCAAGUUCCUCCUAAUUACCGUGGGAUUGUAAUUCUUCCCUCAGCAUCAUUUUGUCCAGCUGUGUUGUUCCUGGUGAGGGGGGGUGGGGGGGGUUGUGUGUUUGUGUGCGUGUGUGUGUGUGUGUUUUCAGGGCUGCGUCACGCUCUGCUUGUUUGUGUUGUUUUGUCUGCCUUCACUGCUCAGCCUACUGUCAGUGCAUUAGUUGAAUUUAAAUCUAUGCAUACACACUUGUUUUUCCUGAACGCUUAAAAAGCUGCAAUAUGUAAGAAUUGACCAUCUGUCUGAUUUAUACUUCCAACAAACAGAGUGACCGCUAACUGUAGCUGACGCCGCUAGCUCGUUCAGUCAGCCAUGCAGUCAGCCAUACCUAGCUGACUCCAAAGCCAGAGCUGGGUGAGAGGGCACGGGACCGCGCUCGGCAGUCUCCCAUUGGGCAGACUGUGGCUAGCUGGUUAGCAUGCCGACUUCCAUAGAUAUCUCUGCAACACAGUACAUAAAUGUGUUUUUACAUAACGUCGAAACUGUUAUUUCUUCACAUUCUGUUGAUAACCGAGUUACAUUUUGAAUGUUUGAAAACGAAAUUUUACAUAUUGCACUUUCGAAGUGUCUGUCAGGACGUCAGCCGUGAAGACGUUGUGAUAUUUGAUGUAAAUCUGUAAAGGAUGCACACCCUCGAGCACACUGCUGUCAGAUCGGACUGUGCCCUAAAGCUGUUUCCCAGAAACAACUUCUCCUUUUCGUUUGACACUUGAAGUGGAUCUGGAGAUCCCAGAGAGUUCUGAGAUCCGGUGAUCACAAGCAGUGAGCAGAUGUGGACCAGUCAGACUGGAUUGAGAGAGAAGUCCAGUGUAAAUACUGAGGAAGCACCAAACAAACCCAAGUGUAGUUUUGUUAACCGUAAUGGUUUGAAAAAUGCUGUACUGUACAUUUGCAAGGGGUCACUCUGCUGCCACCCUCAGUUGUAAUGUUUACUGUACUCUUUGAUAUGAUCUGUACUGGAAAGGUCAAAUAUAUUUCUAGAGUGGAAUUUGGAUUUUAUGCAAAUUGUUGAUGUUUUUUCCUGUAAUUAAAAGCAAUAAAUAUAAAAAUGAUAAGUGA